CUUUAAUAACGUCAGAAGCAACAAGAAGAUAUGCCACUACACAAGCUUGUUGCUACAGUUUUGGAGAUUGUCGACUGAAAAGUGAAUUUGAUCCUGAUAUUGCAGAAGUUAUACGUAGCCUAGUUAUACAUAUGAACGCCUCUGGCACUCCACUUUGA